UUGCCUAGCCUGUUUUCGCAAGUGAGCAGCGUACAGGUCUACAAAUCUUAUUUAUAUGUAAACACAAUUUGCCGGCACACUGUGUUAACAGACUUUUCGAGGCGAUGGCAAACAUCGUGCAGUAUAUUGUGGUGCGAAGCGAUUUGCGCUCUACCCUGAACUGGCCACUGGGCGCGGUGAUCGCGCAAUGCUGCCAUGCAACGGCUGCGGUGAUGAGUGUCCAUGUGGAGGACGAGGAGACGCAAGCGUAUCUCAAGGAUCUGGACAAUAUGCACAAAGUGGUGCUGGAGGCCAAGGAUGAGGCGGCGCUACUGAAGCUCAGCGAGAAGCUAAAAGAGAACGAAAUCAAGCACAAACUUUGGAUCGAACAGCCGGAGAAUAUACCAACCUGCGUGGCAAUCAAGCCCUACGUAAAAGAUGUGGUCCACAAAUAUGUGAAGCAUCUCAAACUAUUAAAGUAAAAUCACAUAUGCUUAUUCCAAUCUUUAGCAUAAUCCCAGCUAGCAUCUAUGUUUCAAUAAAUCUACAAAGUUUGUAAUUUAA